AUGUCGUCGUCAGAAGGUGCUCCAGAGUCAUGGAUCUCCUCGUUCUGCUCGCUCAUGGGCCACGAGUUCUUCGCGGAGGUAUCGGAGGAUUUUAUUGAGGAUGAUUUCAACCUGACUGGCCUGCAGUCGCAGGUCCCCAUGUACAAGGAGGCGUUGGAGAUGAUUCUCGAUGUGGAGCCCGAAGAUGAAGAAGAUGAGGAGGAAGAAGAGGAAGAGGAAGAAGAUGAGGAUGAGGCUUUGGGCGAGGAUCGACCACUUGGUUAUCGGAGAGCUGGCGAUCGCCGACACACCCGCGUUGCCAGUGAUUUGAGCGUUAUCGAAAGCUCCGCGGAACUCCUGUACGGUCUCAUUCACCAGCGAUAUAUCACUUCGCGUCCGGGUAUUCAGCAAAUGCUGGAAAAGUACGAGAUGCAACAUUUUGGUGUCUGUCCGCGUGUUAACUGCAACGGGUGUAAGGUCCUGCCGGUGGGUCGCUCUGAUACUCCCGGUCAAGAAACGGUGAAGCUUUUCUGUCCCGGCUGCAUGGACAUCUACACACCACCGAACAGUCGUUUCCACUCCGUCGACGGUGCAUUCUUCGGUACAACAUUCGGCUGUCUGUUCUUCAUGACCUUCCCUGACCUUGAUAUCGGACCCCGAUUGGAUUCCUCACUUUCAAGCAUGUCGCGAAACACUUCACAACCCGCCUCUCGCACGCAUCCGUCAGAUGAACUUGAAUCGCCCAGCCCUGAAGAGCAACCUCUCGAGAUCAACGGAAUCCGUACCGCUAACUUGUGCCCGGGACUUGGACGCGGCAAGAUUUAUGAGCCGAAGAUCUAUGGAUUCAAGGUUGCCGAAGCCUCUCGAGUGGGACCCCGUAUGAAAUGGCUUCGAAUGAAACCGAGGAACAUUAAUGAACUCGAUGAAGCUACAACACACGAACGUCUCGCCAAUAUGAACGAGGCAAAAGGUCAGGGCAGUGAAUCCCGUGGGGCAGACAAGGAUGGAGACACACAGAUGAAUGCCGCGCAAUCCCAGGAGGCAUUGAUCGCGAACCGGAAAAAGGCACCCAUGCGCCGACGACGCGUACUUGGUGAAUCUGCUCCAUCAGACCAGAUGAGUGUUCAAGCAGACAUGGGUUAA